UGGGCGUGACCAACGAACCACACCACCGACGCUGACCAGUCGCGCGACGAACGUCACGUGCGAAUGCUUACGUCACGCGUAGAGCGCUAUCGCUGCAGCCGUCGAUGUGUUCCCGCAUCUAUAUACGUCGUCCGUGUGAUUGGUGUCUCUUCCUCUCUCUCUCUCCGUUUUCCGCGCACGGGGGUUUUAAUCAGGAACAGCUGUUCUGUUGCCCGUACGUCGACAGAAUACGGUCAACCAUCGUAGCACGUGCAUCGCUCUCGCGUAUCGCAAGUGACGAUAUAACGAGCACGCUGAUAUACGAAAUAUAUGCACGUCGCGCAGAAUUUAAAGGAGAUCAAAGAAACGUUCUUUUUCGCGCACGUCGAACGGAAGUGACGGACGAGAUUUCCGGUGUCUUCGAUUUUUUUCUUUUCGCAUUCCGUUUUGUUUACACCACGCGACUCGUCGUGUGGUAACCGUCGUGGACAGCGAUUCUUGGCGACGAGAGGAUCGAGAAGACAGAAAGGAUAAACGACGACGCGGAGACAACGGACAGUGUCAUCGCGCGACGCGUUAUUAGGAAAUAACGAGGAAUAACGAGGACCAAGAGAGCGACAUGAAUCUAUCAUUCGCUGGCUGCGGUUUCCUCGGCAUCUACCAUGUCGGUGUGGCGGUCUGCUUCAAAAAGUACGCGCCACAUUUGCUGCUGAAUAAAAUAAGCGGCGCGUCCGCGGGUGCUAUCGCCGCGUGCUCCUUGCUUUGCGACCUGCCUCUCGGAGAGAUGACUAGCAAUGUAUUACGUCUGGCAGGCGAAGCGCGACAACACACGCUCGGACCGUUCAGUCCAUCCUUCGAUGUGCAACACUUUUUGCUGGAGAACUUGCGGAAAUUUCUACCGGACGAUGCUCAUAUUCGUGUAAAUGGCAAAUUGCAUAUCUCUAUGACGAGAGUAUAUGACGGAAAGAACGUGAUUGUCUCGCAAUUUAAUUCCAAGGAAGACUUAUUGCAAGCUCUACUAGCUACUUCGUUUGUACCGUUCUUUUCCGGUUUGCUGCCACCGCGAUUUCACGGCAUCAGAUACAUGGACGGUGGUUUCAGCGAUAAUCUUCCUACGCUUGACGAAAAUACGAUUACUGUUAGUCCAUUUUGCGGAGAAAGCGAUAUCUGUCCCAGGGAUAUUUCAUCUCAACUUUUUCAUGUCAAUCUUGCCAAUACAAGCAUAGAGCUCUCUAGACAAAAUAUAUACAGGUUCACGAAAAUACUUUUUCCACCUAAAACAGAGACUCUCUCGAAUAUGUGCAAGCAAGGAUUUGAUGAUGCAUUGAGGUUUUUACAUCGUAACAAUAUGCUAAACUGUACGAGAUGUCUAGCGAUACAAUCGACGUAUAUAGUUCAGGAAACAAUCGAUGAUAGCAUGGAAUAUGACCCGGAAUGUCUAGAAUGUAAGAUGCAUAGACAGGAAGCAUUAGUAGCUAAUUUGCCUGAGACCGUUAUGACGAUAUUCCAAGAUGCUAUAGACUCUGCCAAUAAGGGGCUUGUUAAUUGGCUGUUCAAACAUCGUAGUAUGAAACUUUUAUCAUUGUUGAGUUUGCCCUGCACGCUACCGGCAGAUGUAAUGUACGCCACCAUCACAAAAUUUAUUAUGAGUGUUCCGAACUUGAGAAAUAAUCUAGUGGAAUUAACUAAAUUUUUCUUAGAACAAUUGAGUAUAAUGUUUCCAAAGAUCAACAUCUACAUUCAGCCAUUGCCUCAAACUAUCAAGUGUCAUUUCAACAUUAUGGAAUAUGAUCCGAAUAUUUAUAAUGUACAGAAUAUAGAGGAAGCAGAUAUUUUGUAUAAAAAACAAACAAAUCUGAAUUUGUCUGUCCAAUACAACGAACGACAACCAUCAUGGACAGACUCGAACAAAUCGAGUUGUGUAAUAAAUAUGGGUGAUAUCACACAAACAGUGGAUGACACUAUCGAAAAUAUUUUCCAAACAAAUACAGAUCAAGAUACUGUACUAGCGUAUUAUUAUAUGGACGAUAACAACAAAGUACAAGUGACAGAGAUCUUCGAUGUAACUGAUUCAGAAUCGCAUACUAUGCUUUCUGUAGACGAAGUUGAUACCAAUAGAAGACUCCAAUUUGAUGACUGGGAUGAACCUACAUGGUUAUCUCAACAUACGUUCAAUGAUGUUGUUACUGAGUCUCUUUAUACCGAUGGAAAUCAACAAGAUAUGGAAAAUUUAUCGGAUGCAUCGUUAGAAGAUGAAAUACUAAAUAGUGCAAAUAUAUUUUCCGAUCCGGAAAGUGAAUGGGAAAUGGAAAAGGAGCAACAGGAAAUGCCCAAAUCUCCGGACAGUCGACCGGAAGUAGAUCAACCAUCCACGAGUUUGUUAUAAAAAUUAUUCUCUAAUAGCCUUAUUGUUACCAUAUACAGAAAUAAGAAAUAAUUGCAAGUGUAGCUUUUUGAAUGAUAUAUUGUGAGGACAUAUGUACUCCAUUUAUUUAGCCGUAAACAAGAAUAGGAGAUAUUUAAAAAGGUGUAUAUUCGAAUAUUAUGCGCGAACAUACAAAAAAAUAACGAAAGUUGCUCAAUUUAAGAGUUUUAUAAAAUUUAUAUUCUUGUAAGAUAUAUAAUUGAGAUAUAGUGUUUAUGCAUAUAAACUCAUAAUUACAAUAUUAUAUACAUGUCAGUAAAUAUGUGUCACUGCAUUUAAAUGUUAGUAUGAUGUACAACAGUAUUCUAUUAUAAUCCAAGUUAGAAGUUGAAUUAAAAAAUUUCGCGUUAAUAAUAGAUUGUAUAAGUGUAUAGAGUUUAUACAAAGAGACUGAUGUAUUGGUGAUUAAGAUAGUACUGAAAUCAUCAUAUUUUUUGACUACUGAUUUUUCGAAGAAAUUUUGUUCGGAAUCGAUUUUCUUCGACAAAAAUCGAGGUAACUGUAGAGUAUUCGAAGAACUAUUAAAGAGAUGAUUAAAGAGAUAGUUGAUUUUUGAAAAAUUAAAAUUCAGAAAAGAAAAUAAAUGACAGAAAAUUAUAUUUUAGACAUAAUUUAUCUCAUAUAAUCUUUAAUAUUUAACAUUAAAGAUUAUAAUGAGAGAGAGAUGAUCCUUUUUUGUAAUAACUGGUUAUUAUUGAUUUUAAGGAAAAAUCGUUUUUCAGGUUUUUCAAGUCAUAGUUAAAAGGCUAUCAUUGUGAUAUUAGUCUUUUAUAUAGUGCGUAAAAAGAUUACUUCCAAAUUUUUGGAUUGUUAAAGAAAUAAUAAAUAUAAUAACUCAAAAACUUGAACUUGGAAAUCAUGUUUUUGAGCUAUAAGACUAGCUUUAAGUAAAUAUUAGUUUUAUCUACAAUAUGUAUUCAAUAUUUAUCAACCAGUUAUUAAUUUCAAUAUUCGUUCGAACAUGUUUCUUUAAGGAACAUGUUCAAACGCCAUAAUUUAUAUGUUUAUUAAAGAUUUUUUUACUUUGAUAAAUACUAUCAUACAUAAAAAUUGGCAGUAAUUUUUUUUAUAUAUCCUAUAAUCUGCGACACAUGUUUUUUUAUUACUAUAAUUUCGCAGUUAUUCACAAAACUUUUAAAAUAUGCUGCAUCUGGGUUGUGAAGCUAUCAGAAUAUAAGAUUUAAAACGUUUUAGGAUACAUUUAGAUAAAUAUAUUCUAUAUUUUUGUCAUACUCCAUCAUGAUUUUUUUAUUAGCACUAAUUAUUAUCAAAUUUUUUAUUUUAUAUUUUGCCUAUUGCAUUCAUAAUAACUAUCAUAAAGCAAUUUUAUAUUCUUCAGAAUAAUAUAUAUUCCAAAUUACAAAUUAGUUAUAGUCAAUUAUAGAAAAAAAAACUAUCUUGUGAUUGCGUACAACUGAGUCUGAAUGUUAAAGAAUUAAACUUUUUAUAUUAUGUACUCUCGUUAUAGAGUAUAAUUUAAUAACUAUUGAUUAUAUACAUAAUCAGUUUAGCUUUUAAUUGUGAUAUCUUGUAUCAAUAAUACUUUAAUGAUAUGCUAAAAAUAUUAAAUAUUAUGCAUGUUUAAAUAAUAAUAUUAAAAACGUUAUGUGAUUUAUUAUUUUACGUUUUGCUUUAUAUAAGAAUAUUGGGAAAUGCAUAAUGGGUAAAAAACUUGUCUCUCUUUCUUUUACAAAUAAUUUCGUUGGAAUAGAAAAAUAUAUAAGAAAAAAAAAUCAUUGUAAAAUAUUCCUUAUUACAUUGUAUUUAUUCAAAUAAAGUAUUUUUUUAAAUAAAAUAUUUUUAGACAAAUAAA